AUGUCACUGAAUGACUUCCUAAGUUCCGUGCUACCUGUCAGUGAACAAUUUGAAUACUUAUCGUUGCAAUCUAUUCCGUUAGAAACCCAUGCUGUCGUAACCCCAAAUAAGGACGACAAAAGGGUCCCAAAAAGCACGAUCAAGACUCAACACUUCUUUAGUCUAUUUCACCAAGGAAAAGUUUUUUUUUCAUUAGAAGUGUAUGUGUAUGUCACGCUUUGGGAUGAAGCAGAUGCCGAACGGUUAAUAUUUGUAUCAAAGGCAGACACUAAUGGUUAUUGUAAUACGAGGGUAAGCGUUAGAGAUAUUACAAAAAUAAUAUUAGAAUUUAUAUUAUCAAUCGACCCGAAUUACUAUCUUCAAAAAGUAAAACCGGCAAUAAGAUCAUAUAAGAAGAUAUCCCCCGAGCUGAUUAGCGCAGCCAGUACGCCAGCAAGAACUUUAAGGAUUUUGGCUAGAAGGCUUAAACAGUCAGGCAGCACCGUUUUGAAAGAAAUAGAAUCUCCACGUUUUCAACAAGAUCUUUAUCUCUCAUUCACCUGUCCUCGUGAGAUUUUGACCAAAAUUUGUUUAUUUACUAGACCUGCAUCCCAGUACCUCUUCCCAGAUUCUUCAAAAAACAGCAAAAAGCAUAUACUAAAUGGCGAGGAACUAAUGAAAUGGUGGGGCUUUAUUUUGGAUAGAUUACUAAUUGAAUGCUUUCAAAAUGAUACACAAGCAAAAUUAAGGAUACCGGGCGAAGAUCCUGCUCGAGUAAGAUCAUACCUAAGAGGGAUGAAAUAUCCACUAUGGCAAGUGGGUGAUAUAUUUACCUCUAAAGAAAAUUCUCUUGCGGUAUAUAAUAUUCCAUUAUUCCCAGACGAUCCUAAGGCUAGAUUUAUACACCAAUUGGCAGAGGAAGAUCGCCUCCUCAAAGUAAGCUUAUCAUCCUUCUGGAUUGAACUACAAGAGCGUCAAGAGUUCAAAUUAAGUGUCACAUCAUCUGUAAUGGGUAUUUCGGGAUACUCUCUUGCCACUCCAUCUUUAUUUCCAUCUAGUGCCGAUGUUAUUGUACCGAAGUCAAGGAAGCAGUUUAGGGCAAUCAAGAAGUACAUUACUGGAGAGGAAUACGAUACAGAGGAAGGCGCAAUAGAAGCUUUCACCAAUAUUCGUGAUUUUCUAUUGCUCAGAAUGGCAACAAAUCUUCAAUCUUUAACAGGGAAGAGGGAGCAUCGGGAGAGAAAUCAGCCGGUUCCUGCAAGCAACAUCAACACGUUGGCGAUAACAAUGCUAAAACCGCGUAAAAAAGCUAAAGCCUUGCCUAAAACUUGA